ACUCUUCAUCGUGAUCACUGCCAGCGUGCAACUUUGAGCGUGUGAUCACGAAUCCGGAUUAUAUAUCUUGUUGGACCUUACCAAUAUCCUUGACUUGAUUAUCGUUGUUCCUUUCGGCUGUGAGAGGAAUUGAAAUUUCGUGCCAACUUUGAAGCGGCGCGUUCAGUUCUCCAGCCUAUUCAUCGUCUUCUACGACCGCUACCACCAUGUUGGGAAGGUACUCGACACGAAAUAUCCGACUGCUGGCAUGCAGUUACCUAGGGCAGGCUCACCGACAGACAGCGAAGGGACUUGGGCGGUAUUUUUCGACGACGCGUGAGUGCCGAUUUACUCUGUGGCGAUCCGGUUUGGGAUAGGACGGCCCCCAGAGCUAUAAUAUGCCCCCUAUCUCUUCCGUGUUUCCAACUAAUACCAUCCCAUUAGCCAGCAGCAUGAGCACCAAGAUUGUCGUCGAAGGCCCCGUCGUCGAACUCGAUGGCGACGAGAUGACCAGGAUCAUCUGGAAAAAAAUAAAGGAGGAGCUCAUAUUACCCUACCUUGAACUCGAUAUCAAGUACUUUGACCUUGGCCUCGAGAACCGCGAUGCAACCAACGACCAGGUGACCAUCGACUCUGCCAACGCCAUCUUGGAGCACAAGGUUGGCAUCAAGUGCGCUACGAUUACGCCGGAUGAGGCUCGCGUCGAAGAGUUCAAGUUGAAGGAGAUGUGGAAGAGUCCAAACGGAACGAUCCGGAAUAUCCUGGGGGGCACGGUGUUCCGUGAGCCAAUCAUCCUCGAGAAAAUUCCAAAGCCAAUUCCUGGCUGGGUCAAGCCAAUUGUAAUCGGUCGACACGCUUUUGGUGACCAGUACCGAGCUACAGACUUUGUUGCACCUGGUCCUGGAAAGCUGCAACUCGUGUAUACUCCGACUGAUGGCUCCCCGGCGACAACACUGAAUGUCUACGACUUCAAGGGCCCCGGUGUGGCCAUGAGCAUGUACAACACGGAUGAAUCCAUCGCCGGGUUCGCUCACUCUUCCUUCAAGAUGGCUCUGGCCAAAAAAAUGCCUCUAUUCAUGUCGACAAAGAACACUAUCCUCAAGAAAUACGAUGGACGAUUCAAAGAUAUCUUCCAGGAAAUUUACGAUUCUCAAUAUAAAGCACUCUACAAGGAGGCCGGAAUUUACUAUGAACACAGGCUCAUCGACGACAUGGUUGCUCAAGCAAUCAAGUCGUCCGGCGGAUUCGUCUGGGCCACCAAAAACUACGACGGAGAUGUCCAGAGUGACAUUCUCGCACAAGGCUUCGGCAGUCUGGGUAUGAUGACCAGUGAACUUAUCACACCAGAUGGCCAGAUUAUUGAGAGCGAAGCUGCACAUGGAACGGUUACACGACACUACCGGGAACACCAGAAGGGCAAUGAAACGUCGACAAACCCUGUCGCGUCCAUCUUUGCUUGGACCCGAGGUUUGAUCCACCGUGCCAAGCUCGACAACAACCCGGCUCUUCGUGAUUUCUGUCUUGACGUCGAGAGUGCCUGUAUCGAGGUUAUCGACAAGGAUGGUAUCAUGACCAAGGAUCUCGCGUUGUCCCUCUAUGGUUCUAACAUGAAGCGAGAACACUGGGUUGUCACUACUGCCUACAUGGAUGCUGUCAUCGCUAAACUCAACCAGAAGAUAGCGAAGCGGGCUGCGGCACUGUAAACACACCUAGUUUCCGGAUCGGAUCUCAGACUAUACCUUCGUAGGAGUUACCACGGCUGAUCUUGUACAUACUAAUGGCCUCUAUGGCCACAUCCUAACAAUGGGAGAGAACAUUUCAUCAUC